GUUCUUCACGAGAUCAAUGCUCACCUGGACGAUCUCCUGGCCGAGAGCAAGGAACUGGUUGCGAUCAAACCCGAAUCGUUGCAACAGUUCAUCAACACCAAGCUCACGGCCAAAUUGAACCGACAACUGGAGGAGCCCUUGAUUGUCGCCAGCGGCUGUCUCCCGAGCUGGAGCGAGGAUCUGGCUCGCGAGUUCCCAUUCCUGUUCCCAUUCGAGACACGACACUUGUUCCUCCAGUCGACGGCGUUUGGGUAUGCCCGGUCGAUGAUGCGGUGGCAGAACUCGCAGUCGGACGAUAGUCGCCGCGAUCAGCGCCGAGAUGAUCGUCCGUUCUUGGGCCGCCUGCAACGACAGAAGGUCCGUAUCUCCCGGUCACGCAUCUUGGAAUCCGCCAUGAAGGUGAUGGAGUUGUAUGGAUCGUCGCCCAGCAUCCUCGAGGUCGAGUACUUUGAAGAAGUUGGGACCGGUCUGGGUCCGACGCUCGAGUUCUAUUCGACUGUCUCCAAGGAGUUUUCUAAGAAGAAGCUCAAGAUCUGGCGGGAGAACGAGUCGAACGAGGAUGACGAAUACGCCUUUGGCAAGCACGGUCUCUUCCCGGCGCCCAUGAGCGACGAGCAGGCUGCCUCGGAGGCCGGCAAGAAGCAACUUCAACUGUUCAGGACUCUUGGCAAGUUCGUGGCGCGAUCCAUGCUGGAUUCGAGAAUCAUCGACAUCAACUUCAACCCCACCUUCUUCCGCGUUGGGACAACCUCUGUUCCCCCGACCCUGGGCACCGUGAGGACAGUCGAUCAGAAUCUGGCGAAUUCUCUACUUUUAUUGAAGCGAUUCGCCAAUGCGAAGAAACAGAUCAGUGAGGACGUCUCGCUGUCGGCGGAUGAAAAGGUGCGAGCGAUCCAGAACAUCCAAGUCGACGGCGUCAGCGUGGAAGACUUGGGACUGGACUUUACGCUGCCCGGGUAUCCCUCGAUUGAGCUGAUUCCGAACGGGUCGAACGUUGCAGUGACGAUUGACAAUGUCGAUGUCUAUGUGGAUCGCGUCAUUGACAUGACCUUGGGAAGCGGGGUGCGGCGGCAAAUUGAAGCCUUCCGAGCCGGCUUCUCUCAGGUGUUCCCAUACUCGGCGCUUCGAACGUUCACGCCGAAUGAGCUGGUCAUGCUGUUUGGCCGGGUUGAGGAGGACUGGUCGAUUGAAACGCUCAUGGACUCGAUCAAAGCGGACCAUGGCUUCAACAUGGACAGCAAGAGUGUGCGCAAUCUGCUGCAGAUCAUGAGCGAGCUGAACCACCAGCAACGCCGCGACUUUUUGCAAUUUGUCACGGGGAGCCCCAAGCUUCCGAUCGGAGGUUUCAAGAGUCUCACGCCCAUGUUCACUGUGGUGUGCCGCCCCAGCGAACCUCCGUACAAGUCAGAUGACUACCUGCCGAGUGUGAUGACUUGCGUGAACUAUCUCAAGCUGCCGGACUACAGCAGCUUGGAGGUGUUGCUGUUUGUCAUAGUUUAUCACAUACCCAGAGAAUGCAAGGUUGUAGGGAAGGCAUUAAUGGAGACGGUUUCUGAUGGUUUCGGGUUUGGGUGGACGGAAUUACUUGCAGACCCAGAAUGUUAUCCCAGCACUCGUACUACAUACAGAGGAUUAUUCGCUGCAGAGCUAUUAUUGUAA